AUGUCAAAUCUGGAAAUGCGUCUAGCUCGCUUCAUUCUCGGCAACAAUGCACCACCAUGCGACCACGCCCCCGUCGCUUGCGUCCCUGAUCCAGACAACAUCGCCGAAUGUCUCGUCGCCCAACUCCAGCGGCGCUGGCACUCUGAACCACGCCCUUUUCAUCAAACAGAGCACCCGUUAGUAUUUGCCAUAUGGCAGGCAGGGUAUGAUCGACACAAGGCGCAAUGGUUGGCUAGUGAGCCUGGAUAUGGCAUGACGAGUGCGCCGGAAUUAGUCAGGGCGUUGAAGAAGGUUAUGGCUGAUGAGAGGUUGAACAAUUUGCCAACUAAGGAUAGAAAUGAUGCUGGGAGUGUUGGAGCUAUAAGGGUCUGCGAUCAAUGUAAACCGGGGACUAAUACAUGGUCUUAUUGUGCGCCAUAUAAUGUUCGUCAGAAUGUCUGCCGUCGUGUCCCUAUUAAGCUCGACCUCUCCAUGAAAUCAGACAUUCAAGAAGGCGGUAAAGUCCUCUGUCUAGGCCGCAAUGGUGCAACAAAAUAUUGCUGCGCAAACGAGUUCAUGGCUAUAAGCCACGUCUGGUCUCACGGAUGGCAGGGCAGCAGCGAAGAUGGACUAUGUUCUCGGGUUUUGGAUAUGCUUCUCGAGAUCGCCUCGACCAAAUUCGACGUCAACUGGAUAUGGCUCGAUGUUGCCAUGAUCAGCAAGGACGAAACCACCCGAGCAAUGUCCGUCAAUUCCAUGGACACGGUAUAUUCCACCGCCAAAGCCACACUGGUCGUCGACAGGGUCCUACUCAACUUCCACCCCGUCGAAAACGACGACAAACAAACAGCACUUGCAAUAACGGCAUCUGACUGGAUGACCCGUCUCUGGACCAUGCAAGAAGCCAUGCUCAGUCAAAACCUGCUCAUCCUGACCAACCGCUCCUUACCACCCAUCGAUCCGCGACAACUCUUAAACCGCAUAAUCCUUGCGAAACAUGACCUGGAUAGAUGGAAACAAUAUAGAGCCAUCAAAAUCCUCUCCUCAAUGACACACGACCCCAAGCCAUCCCUGCAUAAAAUCGUAAAUUUCUCAUAUGAACGUACAACCACUAAACCAGUCGACAUGGUGCGCGCUUUGUAUCCGUUAUUUGGAUUGAAAUGGCCUUCCUCUGAAACAACCUUGAUAGAAGGUCAAAUCUUGCUACUCAAACAUCUAGGCCAGGAAGCCGCCAUCCUGACAAGCCUGAGUAGCCCAAUCGGUCUCCCUUCACCAUGGGGAUGGGCCCCAUUAGUGAUCCCUGGUGCGUCCGGAGGGGGUCUCGGAGGAUACGGACGCUAUGUCUCCGAACAAGAUGGUCUAAUGGGAGCAUGGAGUUGGCUCGAAAUCGUGCCAACGUCAAUGACUCCCCAAGACGCCGUUCGCGGUCGUGUUUCAUCAGGUAAUGGAUGGAUGGAGGGCUUUAAGCAGAGUUUUAGAGAUUCAAGACGAUAUCGAUCCAGCAAUCAGAACCAACAGCCAGCUGCCUUGCCGAAUUCAGUAUCAGGGAUACUGCAUUAUACCCUCGGUAUAGGCGCUGAUAUCUUCAAAUCAGGUAUUAUAACCACAUUCUCAGAAUGGGGUUCUGGUCCAGGGGCUCCAUACGCUGAACUUUCGGCACUGGUUGCACUGGCGAACGGGGGCAAGGAAGAAGAAUACAUAACCCUGCUAACGUAUGUCGAGCGCGACCCCUGGCCCUGGCCUAAUCGGCGACUGUUUUUUAUUGCAUCUGCGGAUCUGAGUCUGCAGAUCCGUGACUCGGCGCUCCAAAUCCACGAAACGGCUCAGUAUUUGGAUCUUGUAGUCGUAGAGUCGGAGGAGAAUGGAUGGUUUGUUAUGAGAAGAGUUGGGAAGGCUGUCACAGCCGGCGUGAAACUGAGAGGGGAACAUAAGGAGGGAAUCCAGGGGGUGCUACAUUAA